CGAUCACCGCACAGCAACCUACCAGCCAACAAACAUUUGAAUUUAAUGUUAGAUAAGGAGCCAGAUAAGAGCCCUUACUAACAGUUGGCUAAGAAUUAGCUAUAUCUGCUAUAUUGGUAGUAGAACAGACGCAGCAGCAUGUCGAACAACGAUCAAUUCACAUUCCAGCGUGCCAAAGUGGAAGACAUUAAAGAUGUCUUGGCCAUGAUCCAGGAACUGGCGGACUUUGAAAAGAUGAGCAAUGGCCCACGGCUGACGGAAGAGGAUCUCAUACGUGAUGCAGGACUCUCGGGUGAACAGGAAUGCUGUGAAGUGUAUGUGCUCGUGGACAAUGCCACCAAACUGGCCAUUGGCUAUUCGAUCUGCUACAAGGCCUAUUCCACCUGGCAGGGACGCUACUUCUUUGUGGAGGACAUCUACGUGAGGCCGGAGCAUCGCCAGCGGGGCGCUGGCCGGCGCAUCUUCCUCGAGGUGUCUGCCCGCGCGGUCGAGUUGAAGUGCCCGCGGCUGGAGUUCAAUGUGCUCGAAUGGAAUCCCGCACGCAAGUUCUACGAGAGCCUGGGCGCCGUCGAUUUGACCGCCAAAGAGGGCUGGCACUACUACCGCGUGGAGGAGCAGCAGCUGUCCAAGCUGGCCAACGAUUUGGCCAGCUCCAAGUCUUGAUUUUGAGUUGUUUUUUGGUGUUUUGUUUUUUUAC